ACUGAAGGCUAGAACUUGCUGAACUUUUAUUUUGAAAAUUGACAUCCAUGUUGGAAAAUUCGCUAGUUCUCGAUGCUGGAUAACUUUCGGUGAAACGCAUGGCUUGUGCUGCUGAAGAGGAUUUAUUUGAAAACAUUUUUCUGGCUGAUGACCGACAUCACGUUGAAGGAUAUCAGGAAGGUUUUGAAGAGGGCAAGCGGCAAGGAUGGCAAGAUGGCAUGAACCACGGCAGGAUGCAUGGUGCCAAGUUAUCAGCCGAGCUCUCAUUCUACAGUGGCUUCGUGACGACGUGGAGAUUUCUUCUUCAGGCUGAUCCUAAUCCUAAAGCAAGGAAACAGCUGAAGCUGCUGGAGACGCUGAGUGAAAUGACCCAGGCCUUCCCCAUUGAGGACCCGCAGAGCCCGAACUUUGAAGAGGACAUGGAGAAGAUACGGGCUAAAUUUAGACAGGUUUGCGCUGUACUGCACAUCCCCACAGACUUCCAUGGUUAUAUCAACAGCCCAGGACAGCUGUCAUUCUGAAUGGGACGUUGAAACACUAGGCUGGAUGAACAGCAAUCUUUAAGGACUGUGCAGCCGUAUAUGGUAAAAAGCAAAGAAUGUUUUAGAAAUGUAAAUUUUGUAUUUUAAAUGCAAUUUAAUGCUUAAUUUCGAUUGAUAAUCAAUCAGCCCAAUACCAUAUGUUUCAAGAAUAGAACUCGAUGUGAGAGAAUUUCAUAGACAGGUUUUAUGCCCAUCACUAAGGGACUAAUGGUCAGAUCUGACAUUUCAAGUGAACCACUCAAAGAUUGUUUUGCAUUAUUGCCUCAACUGUAAAUACAAUAAAUCUAUCAUUUUCUUAAA